AUGAGACUCACGUUACAAGCGUUAAUAUCUCAUGGCCGGGUCGCCCGGAGGAUGGGUUUAGGUCCCGAGUCCAGAAUCAACAUGCUAAGGAACAUCCUGACAGGACUCGUCCGAUACGAGAGGAUCGAGACCACCCUGGGCCGAGCAGACGAGGUCCGCUUCUACGCAGAGAAGCUUAUUGACUACGCAAAGAAAGGAGACACUGAUGAGAAGGCAAUGAGGAUGGCCAGUUUUUGGUUGACGGAAAAGGACCUGGUGCCAAAGCUUUUCAAGGUUCUUGCUCCACGAUUUGAAAGUGAGACUAACGGCUACACUCGAAUGGCGCGAUUACCCAACAGAGAAAAUUUGGACCGAGCAAAGAUGGCUGUGCUGGAGUACAAAGGCAACCCCUUCCCACCGCUGUAUCCUGCAAAAAGGGAAAAUGAACUGACUCUGAUUAACCAGCUGCUCAAAGGAUACAGAGAGGACAUGGCACAGCAGUUCACCACAUAA